AGCAUCAGCAUCAGCAGCCGGAGUCGGGCAGCGCCGAGAUGCUGGAAUGUUCAUGAAAGCGCGGGUGGUUGGUGGUUUUCUUUUUCUUCCCGAUUAUUAUUUAAAGUAACCCUGAAUGGACGAAGCUGCCGCCCCGGGUUGCUGUGCGAGACGCGUCUGGAGACCUGUGCGACAACAGCUGCGUCAGUCGGGGUUCUGCUCCCUGCAACAAGGCACCGCGAGUCCUCCUGUGUCCCGGUAAACUGAGCCGUUAAUAUCGAGUCCACCUGCCCCCUCCUCCCCUUUCCUCCCCUCCCCCCACACACCCCAAUGGAGCCGCAGGCUGAGGCGAGCGAGGUAACCACCGCUGCCGGUGAGGAUGCCGGAGCCCCGGGCGGCCAAGUGGCAGCCGGCUCCGGGGAUAGUGCCGAGUGCAGCCCCGCUGGAGUGGAGGAGGAGACGGCCGAUGGCAGCACUUGCACCAGCACAGACUCUGCUGCAGUGAUGCUGAGGAGGAGGCUGCUACAGGGGGCCCCCUGCUCGAAUCCCCCGGCCCAGGAUUACCCGCGUGUCACUCAGCGGUUCGUCAGGCGGAUGGUGCCACUGUUGCCGGCGGGGGAUAGACCCUGUCGGCUGCUGCAGAGCGACGCUGACCCCGAGGCGAAGAGAGCGGCGAGAGGGGAAGCGGCAGCCGAAGGCUCGAGCACCGAGAGCCAGGCUGGGAAGAAAGGCAGCGCGACCGAGAGUGUCAGCGCCGACGAAGAGAAAGAUGGCAGAGCGGGCGACAGCGCACCGAAAGAGCCGCCCGAUAGCUCCAAGGAACUCUCCAAGUCCAAGAGUGACGAGAAUGAGGAAGAAGCUGAGAUGAAAGCGGUCGCUACUUCACCUGACGGCAGGUUUCUCAAGUUCGAUAUCGAACUUGGAAGAGGCUCCUUCAAGACGGUUUACAAGGGUCUGGACGCGGAGACAUGGCUUGAGGUGGCUUGGUGUGAGCUUCAGGACAGAAAGCUUGCAAAGGCAGAACGUCAACGGUUUCGUGAAGAAGCAGAAAUGCUUAAGGGACUGCAGCAUCCUAAUAUUGUCCGAUUUUAUGACUCUUGGGAAGGUACUCUGAAGGGGAAAAAAUGCAUUGUACUAGUUACUGAAUUAAUGACCUCAGGAACAUUGAAAACAUAUUUAAAACGAUUUAAAGUGAUGAAAACAAAAGUUAUGCGAAGCUGGUGUCGGCAAAUAUUGAAAGGCUUAUAUUUUCUACACACCAGAACACCACCAAUUAUUCACCGGGAUUUGAAAUGUGAUAAUAUUUUUAUUACUGGACCUACUGGAUCUGUGAAAAUAGGAGAUUUGGGGCUUGCAACUUUAAAGCGAACUUCUUUUGCUAAAAGUGUUAUAGGUACUCCAGAGUUCAUGGCUCCAGAAAUGUAUGAAGAACACUAUGAUGAAUCUGUAGAUGUAUAUGCGUUUGGAAUGUGCAUGUUAGAAAUGGCUACCUCAGAAUACCCAUACUCAGAAUGUCAGAAUGCUGCUCAGAUCUAUCGAAAAGUUACCAGUGGAGUAAAACCAGCAAGUUUUGGCAAAGUUACAGACCCAGAAAUAAAAGAGAUCAUUGGAGAAUGCAUCUGCCAAAAUAAAGAAGAAAGAUAUUCUAUAAAAGAUCUUUUAAAUCAUGCCUUUUUUGCGGAGGACACUGGGGUAAGGGUUGAACUUGCUGAAGAAGAUGAUGGUACAAAAAAUUCAAUUGCAAUGAGACUCUGGGUUGAUGAUCCUAAGAAGCUGAAAGGCAAGCCCAAAGAUAAUGGUGCAAUUGAGUUCAGUUUUGACUUGAAUAAAGAAAAUCCUGACGAUGUUGCACAAGAAAUGAUUGACUCUGGAUUCUUUCAAGAAUGUGAUUCUAAGAUUGUUGCCAAGUCAAUACGGGACAGAAUAGCCUUAAUUAAGUGGAGAAGGGAAAGGAGUCAGCAAGUAAAUGAGGCUAAUGCACAAAGAGAAAAGAAGAACAGGGAGAAAAAGAAGAACUGUUUUCAUCAAGUUACUGACACUCCCCAUCAAGGUCAACAUAUCCCCUCAGAAUUGGAAGAACCUGAAGCUGAACAACAUGUGUGUCCAAGUCUGCUGAACAGUAUUGCAUCCAUGAUAUGUGAGAAAAGAAGCUGUAAGCCAAAAGUAUUAAUCUUUAACAUGUCAGUUAUGAAACAUUGUGCUCAUUUUGCACCCAAGGAUACUGAAUUAAGUAUUGUACACAACUUCCAAGCUGAUAGCACUUGUGACAGUGGGCAAGGAUCAACACUAUAUUCUGACUCCCAAAGCAGCCAGCAGAGUGUAGUUUACUCAUCUGUUCAUGAGCCAGUGCCCCCUGCUGUACAGCAGAUCUACAGUCCACCUCAGAGUGAAAUUCAAGGACCUUCCCUGAACUCGCAGUCACUAGCACACUACCAGCAUGCUUCUACGCCCAGCUCUAUGAUACAUAUUCCUUCUAUGGUUUUGCCUCCACAACCCCACCAGCUUGGCCCUCAGCAACAUUACCAGCAACCAGCAGUGCUUCCUGCAAUGCACAUAGCCCAACCCCAGCAGUUGGACCCUUAUUUCUGCACUGCAACAUACCAUUUUCAGCCGCAGGUCCCAACAGCCCAAACCUAUGUUCAGCCUGUGUCUCAGCCACUGCCACAAUAUCAAGUUCAACAGCAUCCGAUGCCAGCACUGCCAUCCCAACCUAUACAAAUGAGUCCUUUGCAACUUUCAUCAGAACCCCUUCAGAUUAACCAACCUACGCCAACUCUGGAGAUGCAUCCUCAACAUGAUAAACAGCAGACAACAGCAUAUGGUAGUUCUUGCGAUAAUGUAUUUUCUGAUGCUGCAUCGGGAAAAGAAAUGAGUGAUGGAUAUGAAGGAAUUCAUACCAGUGGAAAACAGGAGAGUAAAAGUUCAAGAAAGCAUCAUAGGAGAUCUACACGCACUCGAUCACGACAAGAAAAGACUAAUAGGCCCAAGCUGACUAUUCUAAAUGUAUCAAAUGUAGGAGAUAAAAUGGUGGAAUGCCAGUUGGAAACUCAUAAUCACAAAAUGGUAACAUUUAAAUUUGAUUUGGAUGGGGAUGCUCCAGAUGAAAUAGCAAUUUACAUGGUGGAAAAUGAUUUUAUACUGGAAAUUGAAAAGGAGAUUUUCAUAGAACAGAUGAAGGAUAUAAUGGAUAAAGCAGAAGAUAUGCUUACUGAAGAAGCAGAGGAAGAAAGAAACUCUACACAAAGUACACAUUUUCAACAAGUUGCUGGCAAAAUUGAAACAGAGAAUCAGCAUCUGUGGAGAGAGAAACAGUUAAUGCUUCAGAUGUCAGCUCCUCAACAAUGUCAACAGAAUGUGUUGCAUACUGGCCGAAGAUGGUUUAUUAUAUGUCCAGUUGUGGAAAACAGUCCAACAAAAGAGUCGGAAUCGGCAGCAAAUGUUCCUUCAAGUAAACCACCAGCAGCUUCGACCCUGGAAACUGAAAAUGCCAUUGAAGACAAGCAAAUGGAUUCAUUAGCAACACAGAUAUCUGGUGCAAUAACUCCUGCUCCUGCUAAUGACAUCACCUCUGGACAUCACAUUGUUCAUCCUCCCUCAGUGCCAGUGUUGUCUCAUAUUAGUGCCCCAGCAAAUCUGCCUGUUCCAGUAAUGUCCCCUAGCAUUCCUACACUACAAAUGGAAACUGAGGGUCAGUCUAGAAAAGAAUUGCAACAGAGUAGUCACCAGGUCCAUGAUCCUGUUUGUAAUGAAUCAAAUAUUUCAUUUCAAAGUCAGAUUGCCGUUCAUGAGCAUUCAGAACUUCAAUCUAAAACUGUUUCUCAGCUGCAAACAGAAGAGGAAUCUGAAAUAGUUUUCAGCCCCCCUUCAGUGGUGGACAUGCCUUUCUCUUCAGUUGUUGAUUCUCUUCCCAUCCAAUCAAUAUCCAUUCAAACAGAACUUUCACUUCCUACUCAAUCUGCAGAGCCUAGUCCACUUCAGAGCCUUUUUUUGGAGCAACAGGUGCCUGUUAUGCAAGCGUAUGUGCCUGAUAUCUCUCAAUCUGUUUUAAUGCAACCUUCCACAAACCAGAUUCAAUCCUCUGUUUCCAUUUCUGGAACAGUAAGUAACACUUCAAGUUCUCAGCCGCAGAGUCCUGCACCAGUACCUACAAGUAUUAAUCAACAGUACCCCGCACAAGCACAGUCGCAGUCAAUUACCGUGACUGGUGUUAUUAGCAGUCAGCAACAACUUUCUCUUGUAGUUGAAUCGGAUGUGGAAGGCCCACGUAAAAUUGAAUUUAUAGAUAACACGAUAAAGUCGUUGGAUGAAAAGUUACGUACUUUAUUAUAUCAAGAGCAUGGAGGGAUUCUUCCUGUUCAUUCAGCUACAGAAUCCUCUGAAACUGCUGCUGCGACAGGAGAUGUGAGUUGCACAGAAGAGCUAUCCUCUGAACCCCCCGGUGAAGUGCUUAAUACCACAGUUUCUAUGGCAGUUUCUGUACAUGAUGUAAAGAAUAUAGAUGCAGCGGUCCAUUCUGUUUUGCCAAUUACCCAAGUUCCGGUUAUGGGAUCACCACCAAGCUUCUCUAGUCCACCUGAAAAUUUAUCAGAAGGAACUUCCAGUCAAACUGUUUUGAGAGAGGGUCUGUACCAGCAUGUGAAACCACCUGUAUUGCCUGUGGUUGGAGACCCCACUUUGAUUACAAAGCCUGGAUUGUCUGCUGAUCAGAAUCAUACCAUUGAGAUGAAAGAGUCUACGAUUGAGAUGAAAGAGUCUACUCAAAGUUAUGCACAACCACAGACAACUGCAUUGGCUAUGAGGACCUCAAUAAACAGUCAAGUUACCAGUGCUGACAUAACUGAGAAGGAAAGAAGUGAUGCAAUAUUUGUGAUGUCAUCUUCAGUGGAUCUUCUUCCAGUGGCAAUAGAUAAGUUUCAGGUUGUUCCUUCAUCUCAGGAUACUGGUAACAGGAUUGAGUAUUAUGCUAAAAGUGAAACAAAGCCAUUCAAAGCACCAGGUCCAGCAAAAGGACAUUUCAGUACAUCAUUAGCAAAUGGUGAAAGUGAUCAAAAAACAGACAUGUUAUCUAUUAGAAGAAUCAACACAAUUGGCAGAUUUUCAGUUAUUAGUACAAAGGAUGAAGUAACUUUAAAAUACCCUUGUCUCAAUAGAUAUUCUGCACCUCCUGGAUUAUAUACAAAGGAAUCUCUUACUAGUCCUGUUUUAAAGCCUUUGGUUGCUCGAGGUCAAACUUCAGCUCCCAAGGAAGUUAAGCUUCGGAGUCGCCUCUCUUCAGAUUCUGAUGAGUCAUUCAAUGUAAAACCAAAAGUUGUUCAAAAGUCACUUAUUUACAAUCAGACCACCACAGAUGGAGGUUUCUCUUUACCAGGAAAAUCAAAUGCUUUGCUGAAGAGUGAUGAUAAGCAGGUAUCUGAACCUACAGAUGGCCAAACAACAGCAGCUCCUCCAACUAUAACCAUUCAUUCUGCAUCUCCUUCCCAGUCAUCUUACAUGAGCAGUGACAAUGAUUCUGAAUUUGAAGAUGCUGACAUGAAGAAAGAGUUGCAGACACUACGAGAAAAACACAUGAAAGAGAUCUCAGAACUUCAAGUUCAUCAAAGGCAUGAGAUUGAGGAAUUGUACAGACGUUUGGGAAAACCUUUACCAGCAGCUUUAGGAUUCUUGCAAGCUGUACCACCCACAGGCCGACGACGAAGACCCAGCAAGAACAAACUAAAAGCUGGCAAGCUACUUAAUCCACUAGUGCAGUCACUGAAGAGCGCAGCUUCCAAUACAAGUUUUCAAACAAAUAGUUGUACUACUUCUAAACAUCAAGAUUUUCCAAGUAGUUCUGAUAUGCUUGAGGCUACUCCAUCAGAGGCGGUGCAGACACAGCAGCCAUGCUCUAUCAAGUCCUCCUUAUCCUCUGAUUAUCAAGGCUUUAUUAAUGAAAUGGGAGGUGCGGCACAAGAAGACAUUGCCCAAGGCUGGACGGUUUUCCACCAAACGUCUGAGAGAGUGACCUAUAAAUCUAAUAGCAAACCUCGUACCAGAUUCCUCAGUGGACCUGUGUCUUUGUCCAUCUGGUCUACCCUGAAACGGCUAUGCCUAGGCAAAGAUCGCAGUAGGUCUUCAAGUAGCGCUAGUACAAAUCAUUCAGUGCAACAGGUCCUGCACCAGCACCAACCCCAGCCCCAGCCCCAGCCCCAACAACAGCAGCCACCUCAACAGCACACCCAAACAAACAACAGUAAUAACAAGAAGGGAACUUUUACAGAUGACCUGCACAAGCUUGUUGAUGACUGGACCAAAGAAACAGUGGGAGCUGCACAAUUCAAGCCUUCUUUAAAUCAACUGAAGCAGAAUCAACAAAAAUUUGAUAUGGAAGUCAAGCAGAAAAUCUCCCAGUUUGAUGGAAUAGCUGCACCAGGGAGGAUGAGGAAAAUUUCUGCUCCGAUGACAUGUCCAGCAUCAGCUACUUUAGCCCUAGGGAAGUCAACAAUACCACCAGGAAUUUCAGCCACUCCUAUUCCUGGUACAGUACCUACUUACAUGCUGCCUCUUUGUCAGUAUGGUGGAAUGAUCCCAACACCGCUGUAUGGUGUACAAUGGCAAGGUCUCUCAAGUUCAGCAUCGCAACCUGGGAUGCUAAAUACUCAAGGAAUAUCUUCAUUUCCAGCUCUCAGCAAAGGUGGCUUACAGAUGUUUCCAGUACCACUCCAGAAACCUAUUAUAAACCCAUCUGGGUCCAACAUGAGGACUACUUAGCUUUGUUAUGAAGAAUCUGAUGAUAAGGGCAUGGGGAAACAAUUUUUGAGAACCAUUUUAUUUAACUGCUUUCUUUAUACAGAUAAAAUUAAAUAUAAGAUGGUAGCUGAAUACUAUUGGCAGCCAGAGUGGGCUUGCUAGUGCACAUAGCCAUACACUGCAUUGAGCAAUCACUGUGAAAUAUUUUCACAAAGUUGCUGAAAGCUUGAUAGUUCUUGGGUGAUAGUUGCAUUUGUCUUGCAAUUCAGACACUUUAUAUUUUGCUUUGUAUAUUUAACACUAAAAUAAGUUACAUUACUUGAAUGGAUAUUGAGAUAUAUUUAAUAACCCUGCAGGAGUACAGUGCCUUGAAUUAUGCUUUUCAGUUUUCACUGGAAAGAAAUGUUUAGAAGGGUUUUUUAAGUUUCUACUGUGGUCUGCUGGACAUAGUUUAGUUAUGAAAGGCUAGAUGGUUUACAAGAUGUCUAUUGGGUAACUUAGCUAUCUGCACAUGAACAAUGAGUAUUUAUUUGUUGCUUUACUGUCUUUGCCACAUGGAAGUAACUAAAUGCUGCUAGAAUUGUCUGCCUUUUCCAGGGGCUUAAUAUCACAUGCAUAAAAAAAUGAUUUAGCUGCUGUUCAAUCUACUGCUACUGUAGGAUAACAAAACAAUUGACUCUAAAUUUAUUUAGGACAAAAAAAUAAAAACCUUUAAAUGCUAUGCUUAAGUAUCUGCACAUAUUUUCACCCAUGUUGUGGUUUAGAGCAGCACUGAACUUAGUUUAAAUUGCAGAUUUACCAACAGUAUUAACAUGACUCAGUCUGUCUUGUCUUCCAUAUUUUCUUUUAAUUUUCAAGAAAUAAGCAAUUUUCAUUUACCGACGCUUAACCAUGAACAGAUUCAACUGGAGGGAAUGUACUUCAGAGAUGGCACAGAAUGACUUUUAUCAGUUUGUUUAGUUAAAUUGUACCUUAAUCCGCAUGUAGGUUGCUUUUUCUUUUAGCAUAAUGUAUUUUUGGCAAAGGGAACAAAUCAUACUGUUGUUUUGUUAAACCUUAUGAAGAAUGAUAAAUAUCGAGUGGAACACAAGGGAGUAAGCAAGGCAGAUGCAAUACUUUACAAACUCAGUUUUGAAGGUCUACUCCUCUUAAUUCUUUCCUGCAAUAUUUUAAAGGUACCUGCUGAAAGGCAGAAAUGACUUGUGCUGCCAAGCUGUGAAGAAUUGUAUUGUAACUGUACUUCCGAUUAUCUAAAUUAUUUUUCUUUGGUUUAUACCCUUAAUAUUCCAUCAAUUCGGUUAGAAUUGGAAUUUUAUAGAACAUUGUGCAGAGUUUUCUGCCUUGGCAAAAUAUUUCCUGUAGUAAGAGAUUUCUGUUCUCUGUUAUUUGUAUCUUGCAUUUAUUUGUGUCUAUGUUUCAUGAACAAAAAUGGAAAAUAUAACUGAAUCAGACAUCUAAUGCUUGCACUAAGAACAAUUGGAUUGCUCUGCUUGUUAAAUAGCUUUUCUUUGUUUUACUGACAUGGUCAGUGGCACUCAAAUCACAGAUUGUAACUGUAAGGAUAUAAAUAAAACAUAUUUUGUG